UCUAAGUGAUGCAACUCUAUGAAAUGCAAUCGUGUGCACUAAACCCAAUGCCACGUUUUGUCCAAGUGGAAGCCAAUGAGAAUAUACUUCAGUUUUCAGUUUGACGUUUUUGCUUUGUUUUUGCCGAAUCUUGUCGCUUUCUCUGUAUCUACAACAAAAUAAUUCAUUAAUAUUUUAAAACUGCUUAAAUAUGUCGAGCGGUCAAUGGGAAGUUGUUGGAAAAAGUAAGAAGGCUCAAAACGGUAAAGUUAAAAACCCUAAAGAUGACGAGAAAAAGCCGACUAAAAACGGAACAAAACUUGAAGAUAUUGUACCUCAUUCGCCGAUAAAGUCUUACUAUGCUGGUAUGGAGAUCGAUGACACCAGUAAGCCGCCAAAGGAGCAAAAGAAGGGCGGAGAAAAGAAAAAUAAAAAGCAAGAUAAAAAAUCCGAGCCCACUAAGCCUAAACCUAAAUAUAUAGAAGAUGCUGUUUAUGAAAUUGACCUAACUGAGUUGGCCAGCAUUAUAACUACGAAUAAAGUUAGAUUUUCUAAUGCACCCCUGGUUUGGUUGAAAGAAGUUGCCAAUUUUCUAAAUUCAAAAAUACAAAUUGAAAUUGAUGACCCAACCUUCUCUAACUAUCAUCCAAACUACCCACUUUCUGCUAUACCAGAUGAUGUAAAAAUUAUAUUAAAGAAAUUGCUGGAAGAUGCAGGUUGGCAGGAUGAUCAGUUAUUUUUUGAUAUUACACUCACUGCCUUAGCCAAUGACAUGAGUAGAGGUCAGCCUGCUCAUGGACAUAGAUUAUUACUUCAAAUGCUGGCCAGAGAUAACCCCGAAUUCUGCGUGGCCUCCAUACAGAAGAUUAUCAGUCUUAGAAACUCGUAUCAAAACAGACCACCAAUUUGCCUCUCUUUGCUUUGGGCAUUAGGACAGGGUGGAGUAGAAAACUUUGCUGUUGGAUUUAAAGUCUGGAAUGAUGUAUUCCUUCCCCUCAUGGAACUAAAGAAUUACUCUAAGUACGUGAUAACAUACUUAAAUAUUUUGCUAGACCUACAUAAAGACGAAAAAGUGACACAAGAAAAAUAUUUCGCUAUGUUGGACAUGGUUAACAAUAAAAAGAAUGCUCUCUCAAAGGAUCUGUCAAGCGAUCUUACCAGUCAAUUAUUUAAACUUAAGGAAAUGUACUUCAAGAAUAGCGGCAACAAGUUACAAGUGGCAUUCAACCAGCUAAUGAAGAAACUACCUAACCAAUAUCUUAGUGGGUCAAACGUGGACCCCUAUAAUGAAGUCAUAUUAGACAGCUUAAUUGAAUGUUUGGAACUAGAUGAUUCUUGCAAUAUGACAUGGAGACAACUCUUCCAUAAAUGCAGUAAACAGUCAGCUACCUUGAUAGAGCAUAUAAAUGAGAAUUGGGAUAGAGCAAGUCCGAGAUUAAAUAUGAAAUCAUUGAAAGUGACAUUAAUGCAAUACAUGGAAGUAUGUGGAGACACACUGAAAGGCAAGAAAAAGGACGAGACAGUUGUUAAAACCAAAAAAAUAUGCCAGGGUAUUCUAGACAACAUGACCACCAGUACUAGAAAGUUCCCUUGGCUAUGGGCCAGCUUCUUCCUGCUGGUUGGUAUCGCUGGACUGAUUUCAUAUGAUGUUUCAAGGGUUAAUGGCAAUUUUCCUAAAAGUGCAACAGGAAAACUCCUGAAUGAUCUUGGUAUCCUUGAACAGAGUCAGCAUGCAUGGAGAAAGACGUUAUCUACUUCAGCUCGGGGUUACUUAUGGCUGGAAACAAAUGUACCAAUUUACUAUGCCACAACAGUUGAAACUUGCGCCCCUUACGCACAACUUUCAAAGGAACUUGUCAUAGUAGCUGGCAAGAAAAUGGGAUCUUUAUAUGGCAAUAUGAAAGAUUAUGUUGUCGAGAAGACACCAGUAGUGGUGGCUACUAUAGACCAGUACGCUCCAGGUGUCAUAGAUACCAUACAGAGUUACGUUGUUAGUGGGUACACAACUAUCAAGAAAUAUUCGAACGAUUAUUACCAAGUCACACUAGAGUAUUUUAAGACGAAAGUGUUUGUUGGAGAAUGGGCACCAGAAAUCCUUCAAAACAAGACACAGUUGGCUCUGAAUGCUACUCGAACCCACAUGUCAUCGUACUUCCAUUGGUUCAGGAAACAAGUAGACUUAUACUCAGAGAUACCCUGAAGCUAAAUGUGUGUUGUGAAGCGAAAGACUUUGUCGAAUGCUGUAAAAGAUUUAUUUUUCAGGGGUGCCAGUUAGCUUCAGUCUUUCAUUUGUUAAUCUCACACAAUAAUUUUAGUAAAUAAGUUACAAAUAAUUUCGUUUAAUUUGAAAUUCAGUAGUUACGAGUUUACGUUGUUUAUUAUUAACACAAUAAUUUGUGACCACUAAAAAUGAUUGUUUUUUUUUAAAUUAAAAUGGGAAUUGUAUUUAUAAAUAAACAUUUUAAUUCAAUACAAUAUGUAAAAAAUGUUAAUUACAUGAUAUAUUCUAUAAAAAAAAAAAUUAAAAUCAAGUCAAAUUUGUUUAUAUAUCUUUAUUUUAAACAAAGCUAUGAUUGUUCAUACAUCUAUUUCUUAAACUUGUUCAUUGUGCAUUUAUAUGUAGAUAACUAAUAAAUCAAGUAUAAAUUAUGUAUACAACGAAAUGAACCAUUUCAUUCAUCACAAUAAAAGCAAUUUUUUGUCCUAUAUCAUAAUUAGUGGUUAGAACAAACAUGACAAUUAAGGCUGUAUCGCAACAAAAUGUCAGUAUUUUAAUAAAUACAUUCCUUCAGAUGCAUUUUGAAAUCGUAAUUAAUUUGGCAAUAAUUUAAUAAUAUAAGUCCUCUUUGCUAUAACUUUUAUUUUGUGAAAAGUAAGAUGUUAAUAAGUUUUUGUAGUGUAUUUAUUUGUGUUGAUGAAGGUUCGUGUGUUUUAAUGUGAAUACUGAAUUGAAAUUAUAGAGGGAUGAAUUUC